UUGAGUGUUGCACUAAUUUUUUUUGAAGAUAUCAAUUUUUAUAUCUAGAACCUUCAACCUCAACUAAUCUUACAUUAUCCACGCCGUAAUGUCUCAGAAUAACAGCAAUCAUCUGAGUUUGGCGAAGUUUGCAUUCAAUAUCUAUGGGACAUUGAAUCAGUCUGAAGGCGCCAGUGCAACGUCCUCAUUACCUUCUACUCCAAAUAAAUUAUCAGCUUCUGCUGUUAACAAAACCAAACUUAUAUUCAAUUGUGAGCGAGAGGUUUCGUGUUUAUCCGAACUAAAUUAUCCUUUAAAUAACAUUGUUGGUUCUUAUUAUGAUACUAUCCCAUCACAUCAUGUUUUAGUUGGUGGUAAAAACUAUUUAAAACUCUUAGCAUUGAACACUGACCAGUCGGCUAUAAUUAAUGAAAUAAACCUCCUUGAUCAAUAUAAUCCAGUUUAUAAUUCAAAUUCAAGACUCCAAUCAAAUAAACUCAAUAAUGUUAAUACCAUAAAAUCUCAAAAAGACUUGGUGGCUUGUGGUUUAUCUAAUGGUACCAUAUCUAUUUAUAAAGUUAAUAAUAAUGGGAAAUCAAGACUAAUACAUAAGUUUUCCGACCACAAAAGAUGCAUAAACUCACUCGAUUUCAUUGAUAGCACAUCUAACUUUGAUGGUCCAAAUCAGUUAUUAUCGGGUUCUCAAGAUGGUACAAUUAAGUUAUGGGAUUUGAGAAGCUCAGUUAACAAGCCGGUGAUGACGGUCGCUUCCUCGUCUCACUCAGACCCGAUACGAUCCUGUCAAUACUCUCCUCAUAAUACUGUUCGAAACAAGUUGACCGUAUUAUCGGUUCAUGAUUCAGGAUCACUCUGUAUAUAUGACUUAAGAACCCAAACUGGUGGUAAUAAUCCUAACAAUAAUAGUUACUCGCAGCAUUCCCAUCAAAACCAGAUGUCAUUGCCUGAAAGAAAAUUGAACUUUCAUAGUGGCCCUGCUUUGUCCUUACAUAUACAUCCUGAAAAAGAAUAUGUUAUAACCGGUGGUAGAGAUAAGAAACUCUGUGUUUGGAAUUAUGGCGAAGCAUCAAAUCACCUGUCUAAAGUAAGUCCAGACUGCAUAGUUCAUACUUAUGGUCCAGUAAUGAAAGUACGGUGGAGUGAACAUGCCGAUUCCAGACCUGUAUACUCUUCGGAUGGUUAUAACUAUAGUAAGGAUUCGAUUUUUAAUUAUGACUUUGCAUGUCUGUAUCUCAAUGAAGAUACCACGAUCACCGUUUACAAUUUAAAACGUAAAUUCAUCCCAAAGGAGAUUAUUACUACUACUUCUAGAAAACCUUUUCAAAACUUCAUUUGGGCCCGUAAUAGAAAUGGCCUAAGAAAAUUAUGGACAAUUACAAAAUCUAACCUCUUUGCAUCUUAUGAACUCGAUUAUAUAACAGAUGAAUCAUCUCCUAACAUAUUGAGACCAUUGGAUCAUCUAAGUCAAGUCUCUGUUGAUUGGAAUAGUGCAGUAGGGGGUUUAUGUUUUGUCGACCAAAGAAAAAAUGAAUUUCAAUCCACUGUCGUGACACCCGAUCAUGAAGGUAGAAAGGAUAGCUACUAUUCUGAAACUUUCAAUGAAAAUAUUGCAUCUAACACUCAAUUCAAUUCGAAUGGUACCUCCAUCAACUCAUCUCCAAUGGAGAAACCACCUUUUAUCAGAACAUCUACCUAUAACCCUUUGCUGCAAGCAAAAUCGCCGUCCCCGAUCCCCCAACAAAGAGCGAAUAACACCAUGGACGUUUUUGGUUUUGGUCCUGGAAUAGGUAGUUCGAGCAGUUUGCAAAGACCGCCAUUGAAAAGAAAUGCGUCUCAGUCAACACAGGGUUCAGCAGCGUCUCAGGGAUCGUCUCCAAUACAGCAAGCCCAUUUCACUCAUCAUAACCAACAAGCAAAUUCACACGGUCAAACUCAGUCAAGAAGAGUCAUUAAUGUAUAUCACCCAUCACCUUACUUGGUACCUUUAUCCCUCCCUCUCCCACUCAAUGACGAUGAGGUAUUCAAAUGUCUAGCCGAUAGCUACUUAAUGGAGGUCCCGGAAUCCUUCAAUUUAGUUGACGUUUGUUUUAUUAACGCAAGAAUAGCAGCGGCUGUGAAUAGAUUCAGAGACUGUCAAAUAUGGAGAAUAUUAGCUGUCAGCCUUGAGCAGGACUCAAGUCAUUACGAUCAUAUAGACAACCGUGACACACAUCUUUCAAAUGGAAACCAUCUAGAAAGUGAAAAUUCCCAUGAUGAUAAGUCAAUUCUGUCAGAUAUUGGUAACAUCGUCGGGUCUUAUAAUUCCAAUUCUACUCUGACAACAAAUUACGGCGGGGUUAAUGGGACUGGAGGUGAAACAACCGGCGGUAACAGUGUUGAGUCAUCUGGUGGAUCUGGCCCCUUAAGCAACACUAAAGACAGAAACCUCCAUGCGUUUACUGAUCAUAAAAAUUCUUCCUCCCAUAGUUUCAUUGAUUCGGGUGACCAGAGUAUGUCCCAGGGAUCUGGUGAAGUCGAUUCAAGAAACAAAAAAUUGAAGAAUGAUGAUGAAAGUGCCAUUGACGACGAUGACUAUAAUGAUAAUGAUCAACAGACAAAGGAGAAAGGUACGACGGAUGACCUAUUCAAACGCUCUGUGCCUAUUAAAGAAAAUUCAGUAAAUACUGGAAGAAUCAACAGCGCGUCAUCUUCACCAAUUAAGGUCAAGUCAUCAUCGUCUUUUAAUAAUCCUAAAUCAUUUACUCCCAAAGACGUGUUCUUGGGUAAAAAUGAACUAAAUGAAGUCGAUGAGAGACAAGAAGAUCAAAAAUCAUUUGAAACAACCGAUAAGAGAAGUGUCACAGCUAGAUCUGAGCUUACGAGGGCCUUUCAUGAGCGGAGCGAACCUUCACCAAAUGAAUAUAACCAAUCUUUUGACUUGUCGAUUCCCUGGAGCACUACGAAUUUACUAGAAAAGUCAUUAGACUAUGCUAUGCAUCAAGGAGAUAUUAUAAUGAGUGCAACAUUAAUACUUCUAUUCUACGAUUACUCAAAUGAAGAUCUUGGAGGUGUUAUCAAAAAGCAUGCUAGCUUGGAAUGUAUAGCAUUAUAUGUUGAAAUUCUUCGCAGAAAACAACUAUUUACUAAUGCAGUCAAAGUGGUGAAGGUGGCUCCAAAAGGAUUACUGUCGGAACUAAAUUACUUAACAAACAAUGAGAUAAAUUUAAGAUUUUACUGCAAUUGGUGUCUGAAAUUAUUGGUGAAUGAGAAAUCAAAAGAAUAUCUUUCCCGUAAGCAGUCAGAUGAAUUCGGUUACUGGUACUGUGAUGAAUGUUCUAAGAAGCAGUACAAUUGUGUUUACUGUAAUGAACCUUGUAAAGGGUUAAAUGUUGUGGUUAGUUUAAGAUGUGGUCAUAGAGGUCACUUUGGUUGUUUGAGAGAAUGGUUCGUAGAAGGUGAAAAUGUUGAGUGUCCUGGUGGUUGUGACGAAUUAAUCUUUGUUUAAUUACUUAAAGUUAUGUAUCGUUAUCUUGUAUAUAGACAUUAUUUGCAUGAUUUUAUAUUAACUCCACAUCUCCCAAUUCUA